AUGUCCUUCCUGUCCUCGGAUGCGCGGAGCUUGGCCGGGUCCGCGGAAGACGUGCAGUCCAGCGCCGGCACCCUGCGGACAGAUCGUCGAGACGGUGCAGGGCCCACGCUAGGAGGGCCUCCGUUCUGCCCAGAGAUGAUGUCCUUCCUGUCCUCGGAUGCGCAGAGCUUGGUCGGGUCCGCGGAAGACGCGCAGUCCAGCGCCGGCACCCUGCGGACAGAUCGUCGAGACGGUGCAGGGCCCACGCUAGGAGGGCCUCCGUUCUGCCCAGAGAUGAUGUCCUUCCUGUCCUCGGAUGCGCAGAGCUUGGUCGGGUCCGCGGAAGACGCGCAGUCCAGCGCCGGCACCCUGCGGACAGAUCGUCGAGACGGUGCAGGGCCCACGCUAGGAGGGCCUCCGUUCUGCCCAGAGAUGAUGUCCUUCCUGUCCUCGGAUGCGCAGAGCUUGGUCGGGUCCGCGGAAGACGUGCAGUCCAGCGCCGGCACCCUGCGGACAGAUCGUCGAGACGGUGCAGGGCCCACGCUAGGAGGGCCUCCGUUCUGCCCAGAGAUGAUGUCCUUCCUGUCCUCGGAUGCGCAGAGCUUGGUCGGGUCCGCGGAAGACGUGCAGUCCAGCGCCGGCACCCUGCGGACAGAUCGUCGAGACGCCACCCAGCCUGGCCUGUUCAGUUACCAGGCGGCCCCGAAUGUGCUCGGAUCGAUGAUGACUCCCUCAUUCUGCAUUCCUUGGAAAAGCUGAACAAAAUGAGUGAGAACUCCCUACCGUCGUUCUCAUCGAAACUGAGGUCCAGCACGUUGUCUCCCCCGGGGCAGAAGGUAGGAGCGAGGGACAGCUUCCCCUCGGUCACACGCUGGUAGCCACCACCACCACCACCACCACCACCACCA